GCUGGGCAGGUGCUGUGGCCGAAAGAGGCUCCCACACGAGGGAGGCCCGGGGCCUGGCGCCCAGGCCCCCGCACCCUCUCUAGGUCAGCGCUGUGAGAGGUACUCGUGGAAUCAGUCCUUAUGCGCUGGGCAUCCUGGCCCUAGUCAGGUGUGUGCAGAGGGAAGCUCUGCUCCCAUUUCUUAGGGGUGCGUCCUGUGCACGGCUUGCUCGUCCCGGAACCCUGGAUCCUACUGGAAAAGAGGCCUAUUUUCAUAUGCUUCUCAGACCCAUCUAUUGGACUUGUCUCUAAUCCCCACUCCAGGGUAGCCAAGGGGUCGGCGCAUCACCUGUUACUCAGGUCCCCAACCCGGGUUUAUCCUGGAAUUCUCUGGUGUACCCAUCGACAAGCCACCCAGCUCGGCCCCUGCAGCUACCUUUACUGACUUGGAUGGCCACAGGCUCCUCCCCUAGCUUCACCAGGGCACCUUCUCCACAAACAGCCAGAGGGACCACAUCAUUCCCCUGCUGGGAACACAAGCUGCCUCCCCCUGGUCCUCCAACACAUUCACCUUCAGCCCACACACUUGGGGACCUCAGGGACUUUGCCCAUGCAGUUCCCACACGCCUGGAGCCAGCCUUCCCGGGUAAUUGUCCACUUGACUGCCCCUUGCCCUCCUUGGGCUGUGUCACCCUUUCAUCCACUGGACACACACCUUCUCUCCAGGGUGCUGCCCCUGUGCUAUGCUCUGCUCUCGGACCCAGCUGUAAAUGAACUGCUUUUGGAGGUCACCGCAGUGGGGGCAGGGGUGAGGAGGGACACAAGGCAGAGGAACAAGUAACAGGCAACGACGUGCAGGGCCUCGGAGAGAAGCAAAGCGCAGCAGAGCUCCGGAAUGUGGGGUGGGAGUUGCUUUGUUAGCAAAGGGAGUCAAGAGGAGAUGAAGACUUCGUCGUUGGGAAAGAGGUGAAGGAAGCUCCGGAGGGGACAAGCUGUCCGGGCCUGGCACCUGCACGUGCAAAGGCCCUGGGGUUGGACUGGGCCUUCCUCUUUCACUGGAGGAGAAAGGGGUGCCAUUGUGCUGUGCUGAACACAAGGCCUGGCAGGCUGGGAUGGGACCCCGACCUGGCUGGUGGCAGAUUGGUGGCCUGAGCAUCUAGAAAGAUGAGGCACAACUGUCUGAGAAAGAGCAGUUUGGGGUUGACCAGGCAUGGGGUUUCUGCAGGGGUAGUCCUGUUGUCACCCCACCCCAGGCAAGCCCUGGUGGCACUCAGAAUGCGUUGUGUUCCAUUAUCUUUGCUGCUCAUCCUAACAACAAGACAACCCUGACAGUGCUGCCCAUGUAGGGGAAGAAAAGUGGGACAUGUGCCCUGGAGCCCCUAGGCUGUGCACCCCGGAGACUCCCAAACCGGGGAAGCGAUGGUUAGGGAGUCUGGGCACCCCCGGACUCCAGGCCGCGGGGAGUCGUGCGCCCUGGGACCAACACCCCUUUGGUCCCCCGUCCCCGGGGAUCCAGUGAAGGUCGGGGAAUCGUGCCUCAGGGGCCGGGGGCGGAGAUUCAGCUGCCUCGGGAGAGGGCGGCUUCGCGUGGGGAGGGGGCGCCCAGGAGCACAGGCUCCGCCCCCCGCCCCCGCCGGAAGGGACGGGGAGGCGGUGGCCGGCGCGGAGCAAGCGAGAAGCGGCGGCGAGCGAGGUGGGGGCGGCCGGCCGGGGACCCGGCAGCACCGGGCGGCACCGAGCGGGUCGGAGCGGGCUGGCCGCCAGCGCGGUCACGUGUGUGACCCCUCCUCUCGCGCCUGCCUCCCCCGCGCGCCGAGCUCUCCAUUCAUAAAUUCUCCGCCUGCUCCGCGGCUACCGGGCGCCGGAGCCCGCCGGGAGCGCCGUGCAGCAGCCCGCCCGCCGCCCAUGGGCCGCGCGCCCCGGCGCUGAGAGGCACUUCUCCUUUCCUGGGCAGGGCUCCGGCCCCAUGCCACCUUGCCGGGCCGGCCCCACCGGCUGGGGAAGCUGUUGAUACGCACGCGCCUCCCCCUUUUCAAAGAUGGGGACAUGGAUGUCUGAUCUGACCCGGGUGGGGGCUGCCUCGGGGCUCCUCCCCACCUCUUCGUGAGUCACCGCCCUGUGUGGUCCCCUGCUCGAGCUCCCGGGAAAGCGGGAGGAGGGAUAGAGGAGCUGGAGCUGAGCAGGCCCUGCCCCUCCAGGCCCCUCCUCCUAGCCUCAGAAUGCAGCCCACGGCCACCAUGGCCACGGCCGCCACCACCUCCACCACGGUCGCCCUGACCACGACGUGGGACAACGCCACGGGCCGCCCCACCGGGGAGCCCGACCCUGUCCUGGACAACUACAUGCUGCUGGUGGUGGUGAUGGCGCUCUUCGUUGGGGGCACCCUCGUGGUGCUGUCGGGCACGCUGCUGCUCUGCAGGCGCUGCUGGGAAGUCCACAGGCGCGUCCACAGAGCCACAGAGGAAGCAGAGAAGACCACCACCAGCUACCUGGACAAUGGCGCCCGCCCUGCCCAAGACCCCGAGUUCAGGGGGGAGGAGCCCGAGGGCCAGGACGCCGAGACCGAGCGCUUCCUGUCUACCAGCUCCACCGGCCGCCGGGUGUCCUUCAACGAGGCGGCCCUGUUUGAGCAGAGCCGGAAGGCGCAGGACAAGGGCCGCCGGUACACCCUGACCGAGGGGGACUUCCACCACCUGAAGAACGCCCGCCUCACCCACCUGCACCUGCCGCCCCUCAAGAUCGUCACCAUCCACGAGUGUGACUCAGGCGAGGCCAGUGCGACUGCCACACCCCACCCCACGGCCGCCCCCAAGGCCAGCCUUGCCAUCUUCCAGCCCCCGGGGAAGGCCCUCACCGGCCGCUCUGUGGGCCCCAGCUCCGCCCUGCCAGGUGACCCCUACAACUCGGCCGUGGGCCCUGCCGACUUCGAGAUCAGCCCCUCGGCUUCCAGUGACUCUGGGGAAGGCACCUCGUUGGAUGCAGGGGCCAGGAGUGCAAAGCCUGGUGGGCCAGGGGCCGCAGCAGGGCCUGGGGAGGCAGGCCCAGCCUCUGGGGCAGGCCCCGUCCUGCAGUUCUUCACCCGCCUGAGGCGCCACGCCAGCCUGGACGGGGCCAGCCCCUACUUCAAAGUCAAGAAAUGGAAGCUGGAGCCCAGUCAGCGGGCGUCCAGUCUGGACACGAGAGGCUCCCCCAAGCGACACCACUUCCAGCGGCAGCGGGCAGCCAGCGAGAGCAUGGAGCACGAGGAGGGGGACGCCCCCCAUGUGGACUUCAUCCAGUACAUCGCCAGCGCUGGCGACACCGUGGCCUUCCCGAGCCCCCGCCCCUUCCUGGCCAGCCCCGCCAGCCCCGCCAGCCCCGCCAGCCCGCCCCCCACUCUCGGCAGGCUAGAGGCAGCCGAGGAGGUGGGCGCCGCAGGAGGAGCGAGCCCCGAGUUCCCCCCGGAGUGCGGCGUCAGCGCGGGGCCUGAGCAGCAGCAAGACUCAGAUGGUGAGCGAGACGCGGAGCCAGAGCAGGCCCAGACCAUCUAUCGCGACAUCUGGAGCCUACGCGCCUCGCUCGAGCUGCACGCGGCCACCGCCUCAGACCACAGCAGCAGCGGCAACGACCGCGACUCGGUACGCAGCGGCGACAGCUCGGGCUCCGGGGGUGCCGCACCCGCCUUCCCGCCACCCUCGCCGCCGCCCACACCACGGACGGCGGACGGCGAGGCGGGCGGGCCGCGCAAGCUGCUGCAGAUGGACAGCGGCUACGCCAGCAUCGAGGGCCGCGGCGCGGGCGACGACGGGCCCCCCAGCGCGCCCGAGAAGCGCUCCUCCUUCACGAGCUCGGGCCGCGAAGCCACCGUGGGCUGCAGCUUCGAGGGUCCCACGCCCGAGGCGCCCGCCCGGCCUGGCAGCCCGCGCGCCUGGCCUCGCCGCGCCCCGCGCCGCGACUACAGCAUCGAUGAGAAGACAGACGCGCUGUUCCACGAGUUCCUGCGCCACGACCCGCACUUCGACGACGCCCCUCCCGCCGCAGCGCGCCACCGCGCGCGCGCACACCCGCACCCCCACACGCGCAAGCAGUGGCAGCAGCGCGGCCGGCAGCACAGCGACCCAGGCGCGCGUGCCGCACCCUCCGCCCCACCCGCAGCCCAGCCCGGCGCCCCCCGCCCCGCACGCGCACCCCUGCGCCGCGGAGACAGCGUCGACUGCCCACCCGACGUCCGUGUGGGCGACGACCCGGCCGCGCCUCCCAUCCCCGUCAUCGAGGAGGAGCCCGGCGGCGGCUGCCCUGGCUCCGGCUUGUGCGCCGGGCCCCCGGGCGCGCUGCUGGAUAAGCUGGCGGCCAGCCUCGACGACAGGCUCUUCCCGCCACGCCUGGCCCAGCCUGUCGCCGCGGCCCCUGCGCUGGCCGUGGCCGCGCCCACGUCCCCAGACCACAGCCCGGUCUAAGCCUGCGCCCCGCGCCCACCUCGUCAGCUUAGUCGGCACCGGCGGGGCCUCGGCGCUGGACACACCUGAGGUGCGACGCCCCGGUGCGCCUGCGCUGGGACCGCGGGCCUCGAGCACGCACGCAGUGCCCCAGGCACCCUGCGCCAGCCCAAAGUGCGCACGCACACAGUCCCCUCCGGGCACUUCAUCGGGUCGACUAAAGGGAGUGUGGCGGAUUCUCAACUUAGGGGUUCCGAGGACCACAUUCAACUUCCCUUGGCCCCAGACAGCGGCCUCGGGCUAGUGACCGGGGUCGCCGCGUCCACGGCACGACGCAACGGGAAGCGCAUGCGUAGGGCUUGCAUCCUGGAGGGGCAGUGCGAGCCGACUGCGCGAGACGCAUGCGCAGAGCGCCCCUCCCAACACCAAUCGAGCCUAGCGACGCGUCCGGUUCGCACGCGUCCGGUUAGCACGCGCCGGAGUUCGCGCUAAGGCGCACGCGCAGGGACCAAGGGGCGCCGAGGCUCCGCGAAGAGAGGGCGCGCGGGCCCGGGCUGUGAGGUUAGCUCGAGGCCGUGGCCUCCAAGCCCCCGAAGCCGUUUACCUCACCGCGGCGAGUGCUCGCGGCAGUCCGCGCCCCCUCCGAGCAAUAACCGUACUCGCCGCCGCCGCCCCCAGCCCUGUACACGCCCCCCGGUCCCCUUCCUCCCGGUGUCUGCACCCUGAACCCGCCCUCCGCAUGUUGAGCGGGCCGCACUUCCCGUAACCACACCGUCCAAAGAGCAACCAGGACUCACCAGUGUUUGAGACACAAAACCCAAACGGUCAAAGUUUCAAGUUUCCCAAGCUUUAUUUAUUGCCAGAAGAUGGGGCAGCCCUCGCCAGCGGCCGAGUCGCCCUGCCCCGCCCCUCGAAGCUUCGUGCUGUCUGUGUACCAUCCAGUGAUGGAGUUUGUGUUCUGUUUUCUGAUUGAUUAUAUUUACUGCAUACUC